AUGUCUCCGUCAGCAGACCCCACGAGCGCAAGUUUGCCCAACACCUCAGGCCAGCAUCAGCAGCCGUCCACACAAGGCAGCAACCCGUACCAGCCGGUUGGCGACUUUUUGUCCAAUGUUUCCCGCUUCAAGCUCAUCGAGUCUACUCUGCGUGAGGGCGAGCAGUUCGCCAACGCCUUUUUCGAUACUGAGACCAAGAUCAAGAUUGCCAAGGCUCUGGAUGACUUUGGUGUCGACUACAUUGAGCUUACCUCUCCCGCUGCUUCUGAGCAGUCUCGCCUGGACUGCGUGGCUAUCUGCAAUCUCGGACUCAAGGCCAAGAUUUUGACCCACGUCCGGUGCACAAUGGAGGAUGCUCGCAUCGCGGUCGAGACCGGUGUUGACGGCCUUGACGUCGUCAUCGGCACUUCUCACUUCCUGCGCGAGUUCUCGCACGGCAAGGACAUGGCCUACAUCACCAAGAGCGCCAUUGAGGUCAUCAACUUCAUCAAGUCGAAGGGUCUGGAGGUCCGCUUCUCGUCAGAGGACUCUUUCCGGUCCGAUCUCGUCGACCUUCUCUCCCUCUACCGCACAGUCGACAAGGUUGGCGUCAACCGUGUUGGUAUCGCAGACACCGUCGGUUGCGCUACUCCCCGCCAGGUUUACGACCUUGUACGGACACUUCGUGGUGUUGUCUCUUGCGAUAUUGAGUGCCACAUGCACAACGAUACUGGCUGUGCCAUUUCGAAUGCUUUCUGCGCUCUGGAGGCCGGUGCGACACACGUGGACGUGUCUGUUCUUGGCAUUGGUGAGCGGAACGGCAUUACACCUCUUGGAGGUUUCCUGGCGCGCAUGAUCGUGUCGGACCGUGAGUACGUUACCAAGAAGUACAACCUUCACAAGCUCAAGGAGCUGGAGGAUAUGGUUGCCGAGGCUGUGCAGGUCAACACGCCGUUCAAUAACUACAUCACCGGGUUCUGUGCCUUCACGCACAAGGCUGGCAUCCACGCCAAGGCGAUCCUGAACAACCCCAGCACCUACGAGAUCAUCGACCCUGCCGACUUCGGCAUGACCCGCUACGUGCACUUUGCUUCGCGUCUGACGGGCUGGAACGCGGUGAAGACUCGUGUGGGCCAGCUGGGUCUGACCAUGACUGACGAACAAGUCAAGCUUGUCACGAGCAAGAUCAAGGACCUCGCAGACGUUCGGCCCAUUGCCAUCGACGAUGCGGACUCGAUCAUCCGGAGCUUCCACCUCGGUCUCGAGGCCAAGACCGCCCCCGCACCAGCGAACUAA